AUGGGUGCCCAUCGAGGUGAGGGACGGAGGGACUGGCUUCAACAAGAUGCUGUUGAACAGCCGCCCAUUCAAACUAUGGUGAGCUUGCAUUACAAUUGCUAAAUUAUUACCAUUACGAAGUGUGAUUCCUAGGCAGUUACCUAGCUAUGUUACGAGAAACAAUGUGACAUUUAUUAGAUUGACCGCUCGAACUCAUUGCGAUCGUGCGUGGAAAGGGAUUCGAUGAGGUUGCUCGAUCGUGAUUGUCGUUUAAUCUAUCAGCUAGUUGAUAAAUUUAGCAAGUUAUAGUUGUCAUUCAAAUGUAAUCUACCCAACAUUUCAAAUGUCACUUAACAUAGGGGAAUGUGUAAAAAUCGGAAAAGUAGUUGUCAACACAUAGCCUAAUUCAUGUGAUGGGAAAGGGAUGAUGACUCAGCUGGCAUGCAGUGACUCAUUGACUCUGCAUCCUUUGGCCUCUUCUUCCAGAAUCCAUGGAACAUCAUGAUAAAACACAGACAGCUCUGCCGGCGGGGCAGACGCUCACAGAUGACCAUGAAGUAAGUUGACUGACUGUUAAAGGGGUAGUACACAAAAAAAACACUUGAGUAUUUUGUUAAUUAGUUUGCUUUUAAAGACAUGCUCUGUAACUUUGGCAAUUACUUCGUUUUUUUUUGUUUACCUCCUGCUUUGGGCCAGAUGUGUGAAUGUGUAGUUAAUACAUGCAUAAUCUAUGAGCAGAAUUGCUGUCUUACCUCAAUUAGCCACGAAAGGCCAAGUUUGAAGCGACUGUUUUUCUGGUAGAUGUGCUGCGGCAUUUCCCCCCCAUGUCGGCCAGACUCCUAGCGAUUCAAUUUCAACCAAUGAGCGAUCAGCCCCUCGCCAUAUGAGUGACAGCUAGCAAGAUGCACCAACGGCAGAGUGAGAGAGAGCAAUGAUGUGGUGCACAUAAUGUGACCUAGUACACACUUUUUGGGGACCACUUUUGGCUCAUGAGUGCUACUUUUAGAAAUACUGGCAGAAAAGUAUACAAAAGUACAGGAGAAUCUCUUUAGCCUCUUAAGGAUCGGAUCCUUUUUUUCAAUUUUCGCCUAAAAAGCCAAAUCUAACUGCCUGUAGCUCAGGACCCCGUAUACGGGACACCGAUCCCGUGGAGGUUAAUACAAUACCAAAUAUUGUGCAUGUCAGCUGUCAAGUUUUCAACAUAGAGCAUUUUCAGUAUAGAGCAGAAACUCUGAUAACGAUGUGUUUUGUGAGUGACUUUCCAGACAGAUUAUCCGAAAGGUGUGAUUAUAGCUGACACUUUCAUUGUGCGUCUAGCUACACAGACCCUGUUAUAUCCAUGGACCUCUUGCGAACGGUUCUACAGCCCAGCUUCAAUGAGGAUAUUAUGGGAGUCUUCAGAAAAUACAUGAAGGUGAGUCUGCUGUCUUGGUUUCCUGUAGCUCAGUUGGUAGAGCGUGGCGCUUGCAACGCCAGGGUUGUGGGUUCGUUUCCCACGGGGGGCCAGUAUGAAAAUGUAUGCACUCACUAACUGUAAGUCACUCUGGAUAAGAGUGUCUGCUAAAAGACUAAAAAUGUUUAAAAAAAGACCAGAGAAUCUUGUUUCUCAUGGUCUGAGUCCUUUAGGUGCCUUUUGGCAAACUCCAAGCGGGCUGUAAUGUGCCUUUUACUGAGGAGUGCCUUCUGUCUGACCACUCUACCAUAAAGGCCUGAUUGGUGGUGUGCUGCAGAGAUGGUUGUCCUUCUGGAAGGUUCUCCCAUCUCCACAGAGGAACUCUGGAGCUCUGUCAGAGUGACCAUCGGGUUCUUGGUCACCUCCCUGACCAAGGCCCUUCUCCCCCGAUUUCUCAGUUUGGCCGGGUGGCCAGCUUUAGGAAGAGUCUUGGUGGUUCCAAACUUCUUCCAUUUGAGAAUGAUGGAGGCCACUGUGUUCUUGGGGACUUUCAAUGCUGCAGAAAUGUUUUGGUACCCUUCCCCAGAUCUGUGCCUUGACACAAUCCUGUUUUGGCGCUCUACGGACAAUUCCUUCGACCUCAUGGCUUGGUUUUUGCUCUGGCAUGCACUGUCAACUGUGAGACCUUAUAUAGACAGGUGUGUGCCUUUCCAAAUGGUGUGCCUUUCCAAAUCAUGUCCAAUCAAGUUGUAGAAACAUCUCAAGGAUGAUCAAUGGAAACAGGAUGCACCUGAGCUCCAUUUUGAGUCUCAUAGCAAAGGGUCUGAAUACUUAUGUAAAUAAGGUAUUUCAGUUUUUGUAUUUAUAAGAUUAUUGUAUUUAUUUCUACAAACCUGUUUUCGUUUUGUCAUUAUGGGGUAUUGUGUGUAGAUUGAUGAGGAUGUUUAUUUAUUUAUUCCAUUUUAGAAUAAGGCUGUAACUUAACAAAAUGUGGAUAAAGGGAAGGGGUGUGAAUACUCUGAAGGCAGUCAGGUCCAUAAUUAUUGGCACCCUUGAUAAAGAGAAGAAGGAAAUACCAUAUGAAAUAAAUAAUACUGAGAUAUAUUGUGUGCUCCAAAAAAAUGUAUGCUAAUAAAAAUGCUCAGAGAAAUAUAUUUUGUUUGGCAAAUAAUAAUAAUAAUUUUUAAAAAAAGAUAGGGGUUGAAGUUAUUGGCACCCCUAUUUUCAAUACUCUAGCACCCGCCUCAUUAUUGGCACCCCUGUUUUCAAUAUUUCAGCACCCUCCUCAGCCACCUGUUAGAUGCAACCAUGUUUUUGCCUAAAAUGUUCUGGUGCUGGGUAAAGGUCAUGAUGCCGUUGACCUUAACAAGAGCCCCAGGACCAGUGGAAAUAAAAUAGCCCCAUAACAUAAAAGACAAAGCACCAUAUUUUACCAUAGGUAUGAGGUACUUUUCUGCAUAUGCUUCCGUUAUUCAAUGCCAUACCCACCACUGGUGUGUGGCCAAAGAUGUCAUCUGACCAUAGCACCAGUUCCAAUCCAAGUGCCAAUGCAAGUGCCAAUGCCUUUUAUCAAACUCCGGGCAGUGCUAUGGUCAGAUGACAUGAAAAUAGAGUUCUGAGCAGUCCAUAAGAGCAGACGAAGGAGAUCAAGAAAAAAUAUUCUAUAUGGGGGAAUGGUUAAAGAUCCCUUCCAUGUAUUCUCCAAUCUCAUAAAACGUUUUAGAAAAAGCCUCAGUGUUGUUAUCCUCAAGGGUAGGGUGCUGGAGUACUGAAAACCGGGGUGCCAAGAAUUGUCUUUAUUUGCGACAGUUUUCGAGAAAGCAGCCAGCAACGUGAAGAAGAACUUCGAAGAGGACGUCCAGACAGAGCAGCUGAUCCGAGAAGCCUGCAUAAACUGCUUGGAAAAUGUAAGAUGGCAACUGUGUUUCAAAGAAGUAUCACUGUUUAGAUUCUGUGGUUAACGCGCAGAGACGUCUGUGAGUAAUGUUCAGUUCCUGUCCCUUGUCAGUCCAAACAGCUCUUCUCAGACGGGAAGAAAGCGACAGUGACAAGAACCGGCCCUGAGCCUCCAGUCAAGGUAAAGGAAGAUUUUAAAUGAGUGAAGAUCAUGAUGGCUCUUUCUCAAUCCAUCUUUCCUCGAUUCCUCACGUUCCUCUUUCCUUACCUCAAAAUGUAUUGGAGGGGAGGGACCUUGGACCUUCUCAAAUACGGUUGAGAAGGAGGCGAGGAGAUAGGAUGUGAGAUAUAUUGCAGAAAGACUCAUCUAGAAUGAGUCCAAGUCUCAUAUAAAUGUAGUUGUCACCAUAAGUGAAGUUGCAGAUUUAAAGUGAACAUGACACUGAUUUACGCUUCCAAAAAUGAUGAUGAUGUUUGAAAGUGAGUAUGCCGGCUGGAAGUAUGAAUGAGGGUUUUCCUCAUUGCAUUAGUCUUAUUACCCCCAGUUGUUGGAGGGAAAAUAAGGAUAUAGGGCUAUCACUGUCUCUUCCACUUCAGCAACAAUAUCUAUUUUCUUGCAGCGGGCGAAACUGGAGGAUGAAUCCAGUCAAAGGACCAGCCCUGUUCCAAAGAAGGUAAACCAGUCUGUAGAAUAAACCUUCAUCAAAAUAAUGAACUUAUCCAAAACGCAGAGUAACUGACAAUAUAUGUUGUGGCAAAUUUGUCCUUAUACUAAUCAAAGAACCAAAAGUAUUUCAGAGUUUUUGUAGAAUUAAGAUAGACUUUAUUACAUACGUAAUAGAGCCGAGGUGGUUUGCAAAACAUCUGAUUGUCCACCUCCCAGCUCUCAGUUUAUAUAGUAAUUUUACAUACAUUUUUAUCUUAACCCCUCCCUCUUGGGUUCCACCACCACUGUCUUCAGUUUCCCCUCUUGACCGCUCCGCCCACUUCCUUAGUUUAUGAUAGUGGCGCAAUCUGACUUCUAUUCAGUUUGGAAACAAUGGUGGUGUGACCAAUCAAGCUUUGUCAUGCACAAAUAACAGCCCUGUCAUGUAAAAAUAAUAAUGUUCAGUUUGAACUUUGUUCAAACCUGGCUCACCCUGGCUUGACCUGGAGAUGGAUUGUGGACAACAUGGCAGGCCCACAAUCAAUCUCUCAACCAUACCUAAACCUAAUCCCUCUGUCCCAGCCCAUCACGCUAUAAUUUAAUCAGGAAGACGCUCAAGGAGAGACAAAGGGUUCAGCCUGGUUUCAGUCACUGAUAAGAUAAGACAACCGAAGACAGGUCAGAUGACCAGAGAACAAACACAUAAACCCAGUGAGAGAAACCAAUUACGUUCUUGCCUAGCAACAGAGAUGUAUCCAUGUUUAACCCUAGCUCUGUAUUUGUUGAUUAACCAUGUCUAUCCCAUAGUCCACUGAAAAAUCCUCAUCAUAUGGUUAAAAUCUAACAGAGCCAUUUCCUGGCUCUGUUUCACAAUUCCCUGAGCUAUUUCCUUGCUCUGUUUCAGGCCUCUUCUUGUCAUGUUGUGAUUAACUAUUUAACCAUACAUUGUUAGCUUGUCAUGAUGUAAUUAACUAUGCUUAAAUGGAAAAUCCCCAUCAUAUGGCAAUGUCUUUUUUUCCAGCGGAAAGGGCGCACAACUGCUCCUGUCGGUUCCUAUGACAAGCCUACUACAUAUAGUAAUGUGUGAGUAUGUGCUCCUGUUCGACAAGACAUGUUUUCACCUUGCUGUCAGUGAGCAGUUGUUUUCAUUGUCAAAACCUACAUGUAAAAUCACUGCUGCAUGAAUGCUCAAACUCUAAUUCACAUAGAAGUGACACUGAAGGUCCUCUGUAGCUCAAUUGGUAGAGCAUGGCGCUUGUAACGCCAGGGUAGUGGGUUCGAUCCCUGGGACCACCCAUACGUAAAAAUGUAUGCACACAUGACUGUAAGUCGCUUUGGAUAAAAGCGUCUGCUAAAUGGCAUAUUAUUACUUAGUCGUCCCAUAUCUCUUCAAUGUAAAUCUAGAUUAAGGUGAAUAUUCAAACAUGUAUGAUGUAGAAUCCCAUGAUCCAUAUGCAUGUUCUCCCAUUGUGUUCCGCUAUUCUGUAGGCCCAAGCCCAAGACAUCAGAGUCCAUAAAGCGUCAGGGACCAAAGGUAAGAGUUUAUAUGUUAUUGCUUCUAUUAAUUAGUUAUGUGAUAAUGGCUAAAUGCAAUAGUCAUUUAUCAAUUAUACCACGCAACUAUAACAAGUUUCCCUCAUGCAUUCUAAAAAAUUUUAAAGCUCAAACACACUGUCCUUUUUAGAUGAAAUCAAUGUAAUGUAAAUAAAUAAAUUAGAGUAUUAUCUGUAUAAUGGAAUGUUUUCAUAUUAUACAGUGGGACCCUUCCAGACUGAAUGAAGGGAGCAGAUUUGUUCUUGGGUCCAGAGCAAACAAGUUAGUGGAAAUUGGAAGUAGAGUAUUAACAAUGUUCAAUUGACUCACACAUACACACAAAAUAAAGAGAGAAUGGAAUUUACAUGGGGUGCGUGGUCCACCAACCUUGUCUACGUUGUUUUUAUGGUAUGUUUCUAAUGAAACCUGAAAUCCCUGUUUUUAAUUGUAGGGCUUUAGGAAUGGGUGGCACCAGAGGAAGGAUUUACAUCAAACAUACUGACCUCUUCAAGGUAACUCUCUCUCUCUCUCUCUCUCUCUCGCUUUCUCUUUCUGAGGUGACAAAAAUGCAGGAUGUACAUUUGGUUGUUUUAAAUAAAUGAACGCGCUCUGCAUCUAACCUACUGCGUUAUCCCACAUCUGUUUCCAGAUAAAUGAGAGCAAUAAAACAGGAAAGUAAGGAAGCAUCAACUAAAAUAUUUUUCCCCAGAUGGUUUAAUAAGCACUAAAUGCUGAGAACAAUGGCGGUGUUUCAGAUUACGUAAAAAAUAUGUUGUCUCUAUGGAGAACCAAAAUCGAUAUAUAUAUAUAUAUAUAUAUGUGGACACCCCUUCAAAUGACUGGAUUCGGCUAUUUCAGCCACACCCGUUGCUGACGGGUGUAUAAAAUCGAGCACACAGCCAUGCAAUCUCCAUAGACAAACAUUGGCAGUAGAAUGGCCUUAGUGAAGAGCUCAGUUUCUGCCCUGCUUGAGCUGCCCCGGUCAACUGUAAGUGCUGUUAUUGUGAAGUGGAACCAUCUAGGAGCAACAACGCCUCAGCCGCAAAGUGGUAGGCCACACAAGCUCAUAGAACGGGACUGCCGAGUGUUGAAGCGCGCAGCACGUAAAAAUUGUCUGUCCUCUGUUGCAACACUCACUACCGAGUUCCAAACUGCCUCUGGAAGCAACGUCAGCACAAUAACUGUUAGUCGGGAGCUUCAUAAAAUGGGUUUCCAUGGCCGAGCAGCCGCACACAAGACUAAAAUCACCAUGCGCAAUGCCAAGCUUCGGCUGGAGUGGUGUAAAGCUCGCCGUCAUUGGACUCUGGAGCAGUGGAAACGUGUUCUCUGGAGUGAUGAAUUAUGCUUCACCAUCUGGCAUUCCGACGGACGAAUCUGGGUUUGGCAGAUGCCAGGAGAAUGCUACCUGCCCGAAUGUAUAGUGCCAACUGUAAAGUUUGGUGGAUGAGGAAUAAUGGUCUGUGGCUGUUUUUCAUGGUUCGGGCUAGGCCCCUUAGUUCCAGUGAAGGGAAAUCUUAACGCUACAGAAUACAAUGACAUUCUAGACGAUUCUGUGCUUCCAACUUUGUGUCAACAGUUUGGGGAAGGCCCUUUCCUGUUUCAGCAUGACAAUGCCCCUGUGCACAAAGCAAGGUCCGUACAGAAAUGGUUUGUCGAGAUCGGUGUGGAAGAACUUGACUGGCCUGCACAGAGCCCUGACCUCAACCCCAUCGAACACCUUUGGGAUUAAUUGGAACGCCGACUGCCAGCCAGGCCUAAUCACCCAACAUCAGUGCCCGACCUCACUAAUGCUUUUGUGGCUGAAUGGAAGCAAGUCCCCGCAGCAAUGUUUCAACAUCUAGUGGACAGACUUCCAAGAAGAGUGGAGGCUGUUAUAGCAGCAAAGGGGGGACCAACUCCAUAUUAAUGCCCAUGAUUUUGGAAUUAGAUGUUCGACGAGCAGGUGUCCACAUACUUCUGGUCAUGUAGUGUAUGUUGGCCGGCAUUUCCAUGUCAGAAUCGUCCUGUUUUCGUUUGGAUGAACUUAGGGAUCCCGUUGCAGAUCUCCUAUGGCAUAUACCCUUGGGUAUGUUCUGUGGAAAGCACAAUUUCUCAGCAAACAAAUAAUCCAACUCAAAAACCACCCUUUAGACAUCUGGGCAGCAGUCAUAAUCGGCUUGAAAAAGGCCUCUGGCAAGCCAAAGUCUGCUGUCUCUUCAGCUUGAUAGGUGACAUACAGGUAACUUCCAAAAUAAUGGAAACACUUGAGGAAAUGAGGGUUCUGGAGGCUCUGUUAUGGUGUGGGGUGCAUUUUCCUAGCAUGGUUUAGGUCCACUCAACCCCUUAGAGGGCAAGGUAAACACCAAUAAAAACACAGCCAUUCUGAGUGAUCACCUAUGGUGAAUAAUUUCUAUCCUGAUGGGAGUGGUCUCUUCCAUGAUGACAAUGCCCCCAUCCAUACAGCACGAGUGGUCAAUGAAAGGUUUGAUGAGCAUGAAAACGAUGUAAACCAUAUGCCAUGGCCGUCUCAGUCACCAGAUGUCAACCCAAUUUAAACCCUUAUGGAAGAUUCCGGAGUGUGGCCUGUGACAAUGUUUUCCACCACCUUCAACAAAACACUAAAUGAUGGAAUUUCUCGUGGAAGAAUGCUGUCACAUCCCUCCAAUAGGGUUCCAGACACUUGUAGAAUCUAUGCCAAGGUGCAUUGAAGCUCUUGGCAUUGAAGCUGUUCUGGCUCGUUGUGGCCCAACGCCCUAUUAAGACACUUUGUUGGUGUUUUCCUUUAUUUGGCAGUUACCUGUAGGUGGAUGACCCCUUGUAAUGUUUUAUCUUAUGGUUACACAACAACCUGUAGAUUAGAAGUAAGCAAUAUUAGUUUAAUAAAUUGUAUUUCAUGUGUACAUUGGGAGCUAAAAACGGAAUUAAAGGAGCACAUACAAUUAAAUCAAAAAGUCAAAAAGAAAUGUGGAACCGGAGUGGCAAUGUGCGGUGACGGUUUCUUCACUGUCUGCUAUAUUAUGCUAACCAACCCGUGAGUGAGACAACCAUCCUGUCUCCCCUACCAUAAACCAUUACAAAGCUUACAGCAAAGUAAUAAUACUGUGUCUGUGUGUGUUUUCAGUAUGCGGCCGAUGCCCAGGACAAACACUGGUUGGCGGAGAGACAGCAUAUGAGAGCCACAGGUGGAAAGAUGGUAAGAGCUCUGUACCCAACUCUAGCCUGGACGCGGAUCUCUAGCCUGGACGCGGAUCUCUAGCCUGAUAGCAUAUCUCUAGCCUGGACGCGGAUCUCUAGCCUGGACGCGGAUCUCUAGCCUGAUAGCAUAUCUCUAGCCUGGACGCGGAUCUCUAGCCUGAUAGCAUAUCUCUAGCCUGGACGCGGAUCUCUAGCCUGGACGCGGAUCUCUAGCCUGGACGCGGAUCUCUAGCCUGGACGCGGAUCUCUAGCCUGGACGCGGAUCUCUAGCCUGGACGCGGAUCUCUAGCCUGGACGCGGAUCUCUAGCCUGAUAGCAUAUCUCUAGCCUGGACGCGGAUCUCUAGCCUGGACGCGGAUCUCUAGCCUGAUAGCAUAUCUCUAGCCUGGACGCGGAUCUCUAGCCUGGACGCGGAUCUCUAGCCUGAUAGCAUAUCUCUAGCCUGGACGCGGAUCUCUAGCCUGGACGCGGAUCUCUAGCCUGGACGCGGAUCUCUAGCCUGGACGCGGAUCUCUAGCCUGGACGCGGAUCUCUAGCCUGGACGCGGAUCUCUAGCCUGAUAGCAUAUCUCUUUGUGCUUUAGCCAAACUCCUCUGUCAUGUUCGUUGUCAUGCAGUUGGCUAAAGCACAAACCAAUCUUUGUGGGCGACCCAACUAAAUUCACAUAGAAAUGUGAGUUAUAGAUCUGUCAUUCUCAUUGAAAGCAAGUUUGAUAAGCUGUCAUUUCUAUGCUUCCCGUCCUUAAGUUUAGCUUUUGUCUUUUUACUUUCGGUUUUGUACACACCAGCUUCAUACAGCUUAUAGGGUGUUCACCCAUAGCAUUAUUAUUUCAUUCAAUGUGUAUACAAAAUAUAUUAAUUCAAUAGAGAACACCCCCUCAACGUUAAUUGACUGGGGUUAGAUUAAUAGGAAGCCAUGGAUCUGGUGAUGAAAAUGACGAGGCUACCAAGUUGAUUUUGAUUGGUCCAAACCGCGGAAACACCUCCAAAUGUUAACACCUCCCAAUGCCGAAAAAUGAAAAAGAGACAACCAAGAGCUGGGCGGUUUAAACUAGCAACGGUCACAACAAACUAACGUUCUUAUUUAAUCAACACUGUUAAGGACAAGCAUAUUAAGGUUAUAAUAUACAGUGAGGGAAAAAAGUAUUUGAUCCCCUGCUGAUUUUGUACGUUUGCCCACUGACAAAGACAUGAUCAGUCUAUAAUUUUAAUGAUUAUUAUCUCUCACUGUUAUUUGAACAGUGAGAGACAGAAUAACAACAACAAAAUCCAGAAAAACGCAUGUCAAAAAUGCUAUAAAUUGAUUAGCAUUUUAAUGAGGGAAAUAAGUAUUUGACCCUCUGCAAGACAUGACUUAGUACUUGGUGGCAAAACCCUUGUUGGCAAUCACAGAGGUCAGACGUUUCUUGUAGUUGGCCACCAGGUUUGCACACAUCUCAGGAGGGAUUUUGUUCCACUCCUCUUUGCAGAUCUUCUCCAAGUCAUUAAGGUUUCGAGGCUGACGUUUGGCAACUCGAACCUUCAGCUCCCUCCACAGAUUUUCUAUGUGAUUAAGGUCUGGAGACUGGCAAGGCCACUCCAGGAUCUUAAUGUGCUUCUGCUUGAGCCACUCCUUUGUUGCCUUGGAUGUGUGUUUUGGGUCAUUGUCAUGCUGGAAUACCCAUCCACGACCCAUUUUUCAAUGCACUGGCUGAAGGAAGGAGGUUCUCACCCAAGAUUUGACGGUACAUGGCCCCGUCCAUCGUCCCUUUGAUGCGGUGAAGUUGUCCUUUCCCCUUAGCAGAAAAACACCCCCAAAGCAUAAUGUUUCCACCUCCAUGUUUGACGGUGGGGAUGGUGCUCUUGGGGUCAUAGGCAGCAUUCCUCCUCCUCCAAACACGGCGAGUUGAGUUGAUGCCAAAGAGCUCGAUUUUGGUCUCAUCUGACCACAACACUUUCACCCAGUUCUCCUCUGAAUCAUUCAGAUGUUCAUUGGCAAACAUCAGACGGGCCUGUAUAUGUGCUUUCUUGAGCAGGGGGACCUUGCGGGCGCUGCAGGAUUUCAGUCCUUCACGGCGUAGUGUGUUACCAAUUGUUUUCUUGAUGACUAUGGUCCCAGCUGCCUUAAGAUCAUUGACAAGAUCCUUCCGUGUAGUUCUGGGCUGAUUCCUCACCGUUCUCAUGAUCAUUGCAACUCCACGAGGAGAGAUCUUGCAUGGAGCCCCAGGCCGAAUUUUGUGUUUCUUCCAUUUGCGAAUAAUCGCACCAACUGUUGUCACCUUCUCACCAAGCUGCUUGGCGAUGGUCUUGUAGCCCAUUCCAGCCUUGUGUAGGUCUACAAUCUUGUCCCUGACAUCCUUGGAGAGCUCUUUGGUCUUGGCCAAGGUGGAGCGUUUUGAAUCUGAUUGAUUGAUUGCUUCUGUGGACAGGUGUCUUUUAUCAGGUAACAAACUGAGAUUAGGAACACUCCCUUUAAGAGUGUGCUCCUAAUCUCAGCUCGUUACCUGUAUAAAAGACACCUGGGAGCCAGAAAUCUUUCUGAUUUGAGAGGGGGUCAAAUACUUCUUUCCCUCAUUAAAAUGCAAAUCAAUUUAUAACAUUUUUGACAUGCGUUUUUCUGGAUUUUUUUGUUGUUAUUCUGUCUCUCACUGUUCAAAUAAACCUACCAUUAAAAUGAUAGAUUGAUCAUGUCUUUGUCAGUGGGCAAACGUACAAAAUCAGCAGGGGAUCAAAUACUUUUUUCCCUCACUGUAUAUAUAUACACAAACAUAUAUAUAUAUAUAUAUAUGUGUGUGUGUGUGUGUGUGUGUGUGUGUGUGUAUAUACAGUUGUGGAAAAAAUUAAGGGACCACUGCACAUUUUUCUUAAAUCAGCAUCUCUACAUGUAUGACAGCUAUUCCAUUCCAGUGUCUGUUGAAUUCCAACACAGGCACACCUCAUUCUACUGAAUUAGGUACUGAUUAGGUGAUCACAUGAACCAAAUCUUAUUUAACGAGGAAAAGUAUAAAAAACACUACUGUGGUCAUCACUAUCCUCUUGCAAUAGGACCAGUUGGAUGGCAAAAACAGUGCUAAUAGUACCUCAAAAGUAAUAUUAAUCAAAAAAUAACUAUUGACCAUGACAAAAGAGUUGAAAAGGAAAGUUGAGUGAGGAAAAGAAGGGUUCAAUUCUGGCUUUACUGGCAGAGGGAUACAGUGAACGUCAGGUUGCUUCCAUCCUUAAAAUUUCAAAGACGGUGGUUCAUAAGAACAAGGUCAAGCAGCAGACAUAGGGGACAACAAAGCUACAGACCGGCAGAGGGCGAAAACGACUCUCUACUGACCGGGAUGACCGCCAACUCAUUCGAAUGUCACUCAACAACCGUAGGAUGACAUCAAGUGACCUACAAAAAGAAUGGCAAAUGGCAGCUGGGGUGAAGUGCACGGCGAGGACGGUUCGAAACAGGCUCCUAGGGGCAGGGCUGAAGUCGUUCAAAACUAGAAAAAAGCCCUUCAUCAAUGAGAAGCAAAGAAGAGCCAGGCUGAGGUUUGCAAAAGACCAUAAGGAUUGGACCGCAGAGGACUGGAGUAAGGUCAUCUUCUCUGAUGAGUCCAAUUUUCAGCUUUGCCCAACACUUGGUCGUCUAAUGGUUAGACGGAGACCUGGAGAGGCCUACAAGCCACAGUGUCUCGCACCCACUGUGAAAUUUGGUGGAGGAUUGGUGAUGAUCUGGGUGUGCUUCAGCAAGGCUGGAAUCGGGCAGAUUUGUCUUUUGUGAAGGAUGCAUGAAUCAAGCCAUGUACAAGGUUGUCCUGGAAGAAAACUUGCUUCGUUUUGCUCUGACAUUGUUCCCCAACUCUGAGGAUUGGUUUUUCCAGCAGGACAAUGCGCCAUGGCACACAGCCAGGUGAAUCAAGGUGUGGAUGGAGGACCACCAGAUCAAGACCCUGUUAUGGCCAGCCCAAUCUCCAGACCUGAACCCCAUUGAAAACUUCUGGAAUGUGAUCAAGAGGAAGAUGGAUGGUCACAAGCCAUCAAACAAAGCCGAGCUGCUUGAAUUUUUGCGCCAGGAGUGGCAUAAAGUCACCCAACAUCAAUGUGAAAGACUGGUGGAGAGCAUGCCAAGACGCAUGAAAGCUGUGAUUGAAAAUCUGGGUUAUUCCACCAAAUAUUGAUUUCUGAACUCUUCCUAAGUUAAAACAUUAGUAUUGUGUUGUUUAAAAAUGAACAUGAACUUAUUUUCUUUGCAUUAUUCGAGGUCUGACAACACUACAUAUUUUUUGUUAUUUUGACCAGGUGUCAUUUUCUGCAAAUAAAUGCUCUAAAUGACAAUAUUUUUUAUUUGGAAUUUGGGAGAAAUGUUGUCAGUAGUUUAUAGAAUAAAACAAAAAAAAUUAUGUUUACCUAAACACAUACUUUGAACUCGUUACCUGUAUAAAAGACGAGUUCAAACAGGUGCAGUUAAUACAGGUAAUGAGUGGAGAACAGGAGGGCUUCUUAAAGAAAAACUAUCAGGUCUGUGAGAGCCGGAAUUCUUACUGGUUGGUAGGUGAUCAAAUACUUAUGUCAUGCAAUAAAAUGCAAAUUAAUUACUUAAAAAUCAUACAAUGUGAUUUCCUGAAUUUAGAUUCCGUCUCUCACAGUUGAAGUGUACCUAUGAUAAAAAUUACAGACCUCUACAUGCUUUGUAAGUAGGAAAACCUGCAAAAUCGUCAGUGUAUCAAAUACUUGUUCUCCCCACUGUAUGUAUGUGUGUGUAUAUAUUUGUGUGUGUAUGUACAGUGGGGAGAACAAGUAUCUCAACUGUGAGAGACGGAAUCUAAAACAAAAAUCCAGAAAAUCACAUUGUAUGAUUUUUAAGUAAUUCAUUUGCAUUUAUUGCAUGACAUAAGUAUUUGAUACAUCAGAAAAGCAGAACUUAAUAUUUGGUACAGAAACCUUUGUUUGCAAUUACAGAGAUCAUACGUUUCCUGUAGGUCUUGACCAGGUUUGCACACACUGCAGCAGGGAUUUUGGGCCACUGCUCCAUACAGACCUUCUCCAGAUCCUUCAGGUUUCGGGGUUGUCGCUGGGCAAUACGGACUUUCAGCUCCCUCCAAAGAUGUUCUAUUGGGUUCAGGUCUGGAGACUGGCUAGGCCACUCCAGGACCUUGAGAUGCUUCUUACGGAGCCACUCCUUAGUUGCCCUGGCUGUGUGUUUUGGGUCGUUUUCAUGCUGGAAGACCCAGCCACGACCCAUCUUCAAUGCUCUUACUGAGGGAAGGAGGUUGUUGGCCAAGAUCUCGCGAUACAUGACCCCAUCCAUCCUCCCCUCAAUACGGUGCAGUCCUCCUGUCCCCUUUGCAGAAAAGCUUCCCCAAAGAAUGAUGUUUCCACCUCCAUGCUUCACGGUUGGGAUGGUGUUCUUGGGGUUGUACUCAUCCUUCUUCUUCCUCCAAACACGGCGAGUGGAGUUUAGACCAAAAAGCUAUAUCUUUGUCUCAUCAGACCACAUGACCUUCUCCCAUUCCUCCUCUGGAUCAUCCAGAUGGUCAUUGGCAAACUUCAGACGGGCCUGGACAUGCGCUGGCUUGAGCAGGGGGACCUUGCGUGCGCUGCAGGAUUUUAAUCCAUGACGGCGUAGUGUGUUACUAAUGGUUUUCUUUGAGACUGUGGUCCCAGCUCUCUUCAGGUCAUUGACCAGGUCCUGCUGUGUAGUUCUGGGCUGAUCCCUCACCUUCCUCAUGAUCAUUGAUGCCCCACGAGGUGAGAUCUUGCAUGGAGGGUGAUUGACCGUCAUCUUGAACUUCUUCCUUUUUCUAAUAAUUGCGCCAACAGUUGUUGCCUUCUCACCAAGCUGCUUGCCUAUUGUCCUGUAGCCCAUCCCAGCCUUGUGCAGGUCUACAAUGUUAUCCCUGAUGUCCUUACACAUCUCUCUGGUCUUGGCCAUUGUGGAGAGGUUGGAGUCUGUUUGAUUGAGUGUGUGGACAGGUGUCUUUUAUACAGGUAACGAGUUCAAACAGGUGCAGUUAAUACAGGUAAUGAGUGGAGAACAGGAGGACUUCUUAAAGAAAAACUAACAGGUCUGUGAGAGCCGGAAUUCUUACUGGUUGGUAGGUGAUCAAAUACUUAUGUCAUGCAAUAAAAUGCAAAUUAAUUACUUAAAUCAUACAAUGUGAUUUUCUGGAUUUUUGUUUUAGAUUCCGUCUCUCACAGUUGAUGUGUACUUAUGAUAAAUAUUACAGACCUCUACAUGCUUUGUAAGUAGGAAAACCUGCAAUAUCGGCAGUGUAUCAAAUACUUGUUCUCCCCACUGUGUGUGUGUAUAUAUAUAUAUAUAUAUAUGUAUGUGUGUGUGUGUGUAUAAUGUUUAUUUGUUUUUGUUAGUGUUCUUUUUUCCCCCCCAAUUUUGUAAUAUCCAAUUGGUAGUUAGUCUUGUCCCAUCGCUGCAACACCCAUACGGACUCGGGAGAAGCGAAGGUCAACCCUGCCAAGCCGCACUGCUUCUUGACACACUGCUCGCUUAACCCGGAAGCCAGCCGCACCAAUGUGUUGGAGGAAACACCAUACAACUGGCAACCGUGUUAGCAUGUAUGCGCCCGGCCCGCCACAGGAGUCGCUGGAGCGCGAUGGGACAAGGACAUCCCGGCCGGCCAAAUCCUCCACUAACCCGGACGACGCUGGGCCAAUUGUGCGCCGCCUCAUUGGUCUCCCGGUCGCGGUUGGCUGCGACACAGCCCGGGAUCGAACCUGGGUCUGUAGUGAUGCCGCAAGCACUGCAAUGCAGUGCCUUAGACCGCUGCGCCACUCGGGAGGCCCCUAAGGUUGUAAUAUGGUAUAGGACAAUCUAAUGAUUAGUGGAAUCUGAUUCAUAAUGGCAUAGGGCAAAGAACUACGUUUAGACAUUUAAUAUAGGUGCACCCUCUUGAAUUUACCAGUAUUUCACUACAUUCUAGAGCAGUGACUUUUUGAAAAGAUUGGUUAUUGAAAAGAUUGUAAUAUGAUUCUUUAAACUAUAAAUUGCUUGUUUUAUCGCAUAAACUGAAAUUAGGCGAACAUGAUAGAAUUUGAACAACCAGGUAAUGGCGGAGCGAUUUUCUACAUAUUUGCACCUUGCAAGUAUGAUCUGCUAAAUGUAUGAACUAAUGUAAACUAAUCUAACUUAAUCUAAACAUUUUAUAAUUUUAUAGGCCUAUCUCCUUAUUGAAGAGGAUGUCCAGGACCUUUCUCUGAGUAAUGAUUACAAGUAAGGAAGACAUUUGUUGGCCCCCAUUUUAUUCAAUGAGUGUCAAUUCAUCUGUCAUUGAAUGGAGUAUCUUCGAUGGAUAUUCACUUCUUAAACCAGGCAUGCCUAGCCUGGUCACCCCAGAUAAAUUGGCCAUAGCCUACAGCUCAAACAGGUCUGGGGCGACCAGGCUAAAUCAAGCCCAAAGGGCUUAGCCUGUUUUCAGGAUGAGAUUAUGAUUCUGUUGUGUGUUGUUUAUUUUAUGUUUUUUUUUAAAGAGAUUGCCCUGACCUGAAAAUGACCCCAGUUGAGUUGAAGCCUUUUACAGUUCCU